UUCUUUCUCUUCCUCCCUUUCUUCUCUCCUUUUUAUUUUAUUGUAGUUCUUGUUGUGAAUAAUCUUCUUUCACUCUGUUCUCCUUAGCCUUUCAUUUUUUGUUUUUUUUUUUCGUUGCAACCCAUCCUGUUGUGAGGUCUUCUUGUUUUGCCGACAGUAUAUUAUUAUUAUUGUUAUUAUUGGAUAGGUGAGCAAGUUUUGGGAGGAUCGUUUAUAAUCAAUACAAGUUCGAGAUGAUAAGCAUUGAAAUGGCUGCAACAGACUCAACAUUUGUCCAACAACAGUUGCAAAGGGUUGCUUCAGCGCAGUUUAGGAGGCCUCUCCUUCAUCGACUGUCCACUCAAGAAAGACAUAGAUACCUCACGGAAUGUGUUCCCCUUCACAAAGCAGCAUUAAAAGGUGACUGGAAAGAAGCUAUGAAGAUAAUAGAACAUGAUCCAGCGCUUCUGACAAGUGCCAUAACAAAGGGAUGGGGAACAGUACUCCAUGUUGCAGUGGGAGCAAAUCAUGUUCACUUUGUGGAGGAGCUCUUAAAACUAAUGGAUCGUGAUGAUUUGGAAUUGCAAGAUGAAUUGGGGAACACUGCUUUCUGUUUUGCUGCAGCAGUUGGGAAUGUGCACAUUGCUGAGAUAAUGCGAGAAAAGAAUGAAUUGUUGCCAACAAUAAGGGGUGGACAGGGAGUAACUCCUCUUCACUUGGCUGUUUUACAACGAAGAAGUGAAAUGGCAUGGUAUCUAUUCCCUAAAUCUAGAGAAAUACUAGAAGAAGUGGAUUGGGAUCAACUCUUCCACAUUUGUAUAAACUCUGGACUCUAUGACUUAGCACUGGAAAUGCUAAAUCAGAAGGAAAGGCUGGCUUUUGCUCGGGGUGAUUACGAAGAGACAGGUUUGCAUGUCUUGGCUCGAAAGCCUUCAGUUUGUAGUUGCCAAAGUCCACCGUAUCGAAAACGCCUCCUCCAUUUCUGUACGAAGGACGCUUCGAUACUCGAACUUAUAAAACGCAUGUGGGGUAUAUUUCUUUCAUUGGAUGACUCAGAGAUGAUGCAAAACACAAGAGAGCCUUCUCAAGUAACAUCUAUUGCCGCAGAGGUUGGAAAUUUUGAGUUUUUAUCUGUGGUUAUGAGCACUUACCCAGAUUUGAUAUGGGAACUGAAUACCAUUGGUCAAAGUAUAAUUCACAUUGCUGCUUUGCACCGUCAUGCUAGUAUCUUCAAUCUGAUACAUGAGAUUGGCCCAAUCAAAGAUUUCGUAUUAUCUUUCGAGGAUGAUGAAAAAAACAAUUUAUUGCAUUGUGUUGCAAAAUUAGCACCGCCAGAUCGACUCAACAUAGUUUCUGGAGCAGCUCUUCAAAUGAUGCUCGAGUUACAUUGGUUUGAGGAGGUGAAAAAGAUAAUGCCAUCAUCAUCCAUAGAGAUGAAAAAUUCCGAAGGCUUUACUCCUCGCCAACUUUUCACAAAGGAGCAUGAAGAAUUGCUCAAAAAAGGAGAGUCUUGGAUGAAGAAAACAGCAGACUCUUGUAUGGUUGUUUCAACUCUCAUAGCUACUGGAGUGUUUUCUGCUGCCUUCAGUGUACCAGGUGGUAGCAAUGACAAUACAGGAUCUCCCAAUUAUUUGGACAAACCAUCAUUCUUGAUAUUUGCAUUAUCAGAUUCCAUGGCACUGAUCUCAUCUUCAACCUCAAUCCUGAUAUUCUUGUCCAUUCUCAUAUCACGAUAUGCAGAGGAAGACUUUUUCAGGUCACUUCCCUUGAAGUUGAUGGCUGGACUAAUGGCACUGUUUAUCUCAAUAAUCAGCAUGAUGGUAGCGUUUAGCAGUGCUUUCUUCAUAACAUAUUACCAUGGUUUAAAGUGGGUUCCUAACUUCAUUUCCGUUCUUGCAUUUUUACCAAUACCCUUAUUUAUAUUUCUGCAGUUUCCUCUCUGGUCUGAUUUAGUGUAUUCAGCUUACAUUUGUAGUUCUCUAUUUAGACCGAGUAAACGUAUGAUUCACUAGAAAGGUCGAGCUUGUGCUAAAUAAUGAAUUUUUAUUUCCUUUUGUGUACACACUGACUUGAU